AAGAAAAGCCACCCGUUCGUCCCCCUUCCCCUACCUCCAAUCCUUUGCCCAGGAGCUGCCUUCAUCGCAGUCACGCCCCUUCCUUCCGAGGAGCUUUCUGGCUGCCUAAACUGGUAGACCCCCUGAUUUAUUCCUCCAUCUCCGCUCCCUUUCGCCUCAUCUUCUCUUAGUUCUCACAGCCCCCUCCACCCCCACCUCCAGUCUGUCUCGCCUCGGACCAUCCGCUGCUCCACCCUCCGGCCCGGUAUCCUGCCUGUGCACUGCCACCAAGGAGAUCCCGGACGGAGCAGCGAGGAGGGGAGCAGCCGGGAGUUGGGGCUUCCCUCCUGCCUAUCCCUGGCCUCUGGCCCGGGACCGAAGCCGCUUGAGCGAGCAGAGUCGUCACCUUGUCUGCGUUGCCUUCAGGGAGCUGCAGAGAAGGACAAAUAAGAUAACAGAAGUGAAAGAGCUCUUGUCUCCUUAGAAGAAAGGCUGAGAAACUUAAGAGUGACCAGUGGUUGGACUCUUGGCGGCGCUUACCCUGAACCUGAGUGUUAGGGGAGAGGGAAUCUGCCGUUGCGGUCUCUGGAGCUGCUCAUAAGCAAGAAUUCCCUAUCCUGAGCAAGGCUUUAAGCCUAAAAGAAAGCAGAAAUAGGUCAAGGGCAGCCCAGGUGCCCAAUUUCUCUCUCUCUUCACAAGGCACCACCAGCAAUAGAGAUGAGAAAUUCUGAAGAACAGCCAAGUGGAGGAACCACAGUAUUGCAGCGUCUGCUACAAGAGCAGCUCCGCUAUGGCAAUCCUAAUGAGAAUCGCAACCUGCUUGCCAUACACCAGCAAGCCACAGGGAACGGCCCUCCUUUCCCCAGUGGCAGUGGGAACCCAGGCCCUCAGAAUGAUGUGUUGAGUCCCCAAGACCACCACCAACAGCUUGUGGCUCAUGCUGCUCGACAAGAACCCCAGGGGCAGGAAAUCCAGUCAGAAAACAUCAUCAUGGAGAAGCAGCUUUCCCCUCGAAUGCAGAAUAAUGAAGAACUCCCGACCUAUGAGGAAGCCAAGGUCCAGUCCCAGUACUUUCGGGGCCAACAGCAUGCCAGUGUCGGAGCUGCCUUCUAUGUCACUGGAGUGACCAACCAGAAGAUGAGGACUGAGGGACGCCCGUCAGUUCAGCGGCUCAAUCCUGGAAAGAUGCAUCAGGAUGAAGGACUCAGAGACCUUAAGCAAGGACAUGUUCGCUCCUUGAGUGAACGACUAAUGCAGAUGUCACUGGCCACCAGUGGAGUUAAGGCCCAUCCGCCUGUUACCAGCGCUCCCCUCUCCCCACCACAACCCAAUGACCUCUACAAGAAUCCCACAAGUUCCAGUGAAUUCUACAAGGCCCAAGGGCCACCUCCCAGCCAGCAUAGCCUGAAGGGCAUGGAACACCGAGGCCCCCCACCAGAGUAUCCCUUCAAGGGCAUGCCACCCCAAUCUGUAGUGUGCAAGCCCCAAGAGCCAGGGCACUUCUAUAGUGAGCAUCGUCUGAACCAGCCAGGGAGAACAGAGGGGCAACUGAUGAGGUAUCAGCAUCCCCCUGAGUAUGGAGCAGCCAGGCCAACGCAGGACAUCUCAUUGCCGUUGUCAGCCCGGAACUCUCAGCCUCACAGCCCUACUUCUUCCCUCACGUCUGGGGGUUCCUUACCCUUGCUGCAGUCUCCACCAUCCACUAGAUUGUCUCCUGCCCAACACGCCUUGGUCCCAAACCAAGGAGACCACUCAGUUCACCUGCCUAGGCCGCAGCAGCAUUUCCUUGCUAACCAGGCUCACCAGGGGGAUCAUUACCGUCUCCCCCAGCCUGGCCUGAGUCAGCAGCAGCCGCAGCCGCAGCCGCCGCCACACCAUCACCACCAUCACCAGCAGCAGCAGCCAGGAGAAGCCUAUUCAGCUAUGCCUCGGGCUCAGCAGUCGUCUGCUUCGUAUCAGCCAAUGCCAGCCGACCCUUUUGCCAUUGUUUCCAGAGCCCAGCAGAUGGUUGAGAUUCUCUCAGAUGAGAACCGGAACUUGCGGCAGGAGUUGGAAGGAUGCUACGAGAAGGUGGCGAGACUGCAGAAGGUGGAGACAGAAAUCCAGCGUGUCUCAGAGGCAUAUGAGAACCUUGUGAAGUCAUCCUCCAAAAGAGAGGCCCUGGAGAAAGCCAUGAGAAACAAGCUUGAGGGCGAGAUUCGGAGGAUGCAUGACUUCAACAGGGAUCUGAGAGAGCGUCUAGAGACGGCCAACAAGCAGCUUGCAGAGAAGGAAUAUGAGGGGUCAGAAGAUACCAGAAAAACCAUCUCUCAGCUCUUUGCAAAAAAUAAGGAGAGCCAGCGGGAGAAAGAGAAACUGGAAGCGGAGCUGGCCACUGCCCGUUCUACCAACGAGGACCAAAGGCGACACAUUGAAAUCCGAGACCAGGCCCUGAGCAACGCCCAGGCCAAGGUGGUAAAGCUGGAGGAAGAGCUGAAAAAGAAGCAAGUGUACGUAGAGAAGGUGGAAAAGAUGCAGCAAGCUCUUGUACAGCUCCAGGCAGCAUGUGAAAAACGAGAACAGCUGGAGCACCGUCUCCGGACACGACUGGAGAGAGAACUGGAAUCUCUCCGGAUCCAGCAGCGCCAGGGCAACUCUCAGCCCACCAAUGUUUCAGAAUACAAUGCCGCUGCACUGAUGGAGCUCCUUCGUGAGAAGGAGGAGAGGAUCCUGGCCCUGGAAGCUGACAUGACUAAAUGGGAGCAGAAGUAUUUAGAGGAGAAUGUGAUGAGACAUUUUGCCCUGGAUGCUGCGGCCACCGUAGCUGCUCAGAGGGACACAACAGUCAUCAGCCACUCUCCUAACACCAGCUAUGACACAGCUCUAGAAGCUCGCAUCCAGAAGGAGGAAGAAGAAAUACUGAUGGCCAACAAGCGUUGCCUUGACAUGGAGGGCAGGAUUAAGACCCUCCAUGCCCAGAUUAUUGAGAAGGAUGCCAUGAUCAAGGUACUCCAGCAGCGUUCCCGGAAGGAGCCAAGUAAGACAGAGCAGCUGUCAUCCAUGCGGCCAGCAAAGUCUCUGAUGUCCAUUUCCAAUGCUGGAUCAGGCUUGCUCUCCCAUUCUUCCACCCUGACUGGCACCCCCAUCAUGGAAGAGAAACGGGAUGACAAGAGCUGGAAGGGUAGCCUAGGUAUCCUCCUGGGUGGAGACUACCGUGCUGAGUCUGUCCCUUCCACCCCUUCGCCUGUGCCGCCCUCGACUCCCCUGCUGUCAGCUCACUCCAAGACAGGCAGCCGGGACUGCAGCACGCAAACAGAACGGGGAACGGAACCCAACAAAACCGCAGCUGUCGCUCCCAUCUCUGUCCCUGCUCCAGUUGCUGCUGCCGCCGCCAGCACCGCCACCAUGGUAGCCGCUGCUCCAGUGGCUGUCGCCGCUGCCGCUCCAGCCGCCGCCGCUGCCGCCGCCGCCGCCGCCGCCGCCGCCGCCGCCCCGUCCGCCGCCGCCGCCGCCGCCGCCGCCGCCGCCGCCGCCGCCGCCGCCGCCGCCGCCGCCGCCGCCGCCGCCGCCGCCGCUGCCGCCGCCGCCGCCGCCGCCGCCGCCGCCGCCGCCCCGUCUCCAGCAGCCGCUGCCGCCGCUCCAGCCGCUGCCCCAGCUCAGACUCCAGCCGCCGCCGCCGCUGCCGCCGCCGCUGCUGUUCAGCUUGCUCCAGCGGCUCUGGCUCCGGCUCCGGCUCCGGCUCCGGCUCCAACUCCAGUUCCGGCUGCAGCAGCGGCUCCGGCUCCGGCUCCGGCUCCGGCUCAGACUCAGGCACCAACUCCAGCUCCGGCUGCAGCUGCUCCUCCAGCUCCAGCUCCAGCUCCGGCUUUGGCUCAGGCCGAGGCUCCUGCGAGUCCAGCUGCCGGCUCUGGACCACGUCGUUUGUCUAUACCAAGUGUGAGCUGCAAUCCAGAUAAGACAGAUGGCCCUGUUUUCCACUCCAAUACUCUGGAAAGAAAAGCUCCCAUUCAGAUCCUGGGACAAGAGCCUGAUGCAGAGAUGGUGGAAUAUCUCAUCUAAAUGGCCUAAUCAAGAGCUGCAGUUUAUCAUCAAGAAUGCUUUUAAUCAUUUUUCCCUUUUGUUUGUUCUUAUUUUGAGGGUGAGGACAAGGGUUGGGUGGGGGGAUGUUUUUUAAAGGGACUUUUUAUUGAAACAACAUAGUACUUAGGUAAUACCAUAUGAACUCCAGUCUGUUCUGGUACACUUAGAGAGUACCUCUAAAAAGCCAGAUCAAUCAGAAUGUACUCUAAAGUUUAUUGUUGGGAUUUAUACAAAUUCUGGGACUGUUAAUAGCUGGAUAUACAUCAAUGUUUUCAAUGUGCUGAAAUUUGUUUAGCAUUUCCAUAUUCUGGAUCAUUCUUUUAUCGAAGAGCACAGUAUGUUUGGAAGACAGUGUGUAACAUGUAGUUCAGAAGUCGAAGCCAGAGAGGAUUUGGGUGUGUGCUGUUUUGUAUAGUUUCCAUCUAGGCAGCAUCCAGGGAGAGCUCUCGCCUCGGGCGCAUGAAAGGGAAUAGUUUUAAGAGCUAUGUAAACUGGAGAAAAGGUAGGGAGUAUUGGGGUGUGGAAGGGUGCUGGAGCUAAUUUUCCCUCCCAAUUUCCCAGCUACCCUGGGCCAGGAGAUUGUGUUUAUCUUUAUUUCAGUGGUGCUUUGGAAGUGGAUUCUUUUGGUUCCCUCGUGGAGGUUCAUACAUUCAUAUAUAUACUGUGGAGUAAUUUAUGCAUUUGGAUAAUUAAUAUAUUGCUUUCAGAUGCUAGGAGAGUAAAUUAGCUGAGUGAUGUACAACUUCUUCUCUCUUAGGGAGUUAGACCAUCCGAGGCCUUGACGGAGAGUUGCAUGAGGUGCUGUAUGCAGACUUGUGUGGUCUGUGUGUAGCCAGGAACAUAGCUCGCUUGCCUUUCCCGAGACCAACCUGCUUAGUGUUUAUUUCUUCUCCAGCACAAACUCACUGGCUGUGUCACCAGUCUCAAAUUGCCAAUCAUUUGCAAAAUGAGGAAGCGUUUUUGUUGACCGGUUGAAUGCUUUGAAUUUCUGGUGACUACUUUGAAAUAACUCAUGUUGUUUUCCCAAAUUCUUAGCGUACGUCUUAAAAGGCAUAUAUGACUAUCGCCUCCAAGGGAAUAGCAUCAGAAGCCCAAAGUACUAUGCUGCAGUCAGGGGAGAGGGGGGCUGCAGCAGUAUCCUCAGCUACCUCUUCUCACUGCCAGUGACUCCAUCUUGGAAUACCUUUGGAGAGCAGCAGGAAAUGCACAUGUGGGCAGGGACCAAGGAGGCCAUGGCUCCAAGCUUUGCCUUAGGUCUGCCUCCAGGGACACAGAAGGGCUGCCUAUUGUCACAGGUCUCUGCCCUGUGUCUCCUCUCUGCCCUUCAUUAAGGUGACAAAUCCAUAGACAAUGUCAUUAAGAUCAGUUUUC